UCAAGCACGAUGGAGGUGAUUCAGGACUUAAUCCUAGCAGUUCUGAAUACUGUUUCAGUCGUAGUGUUGUUAAUUUUACCAAACAAACCUGAAUUUGAUGCGGUAAAAUUAGAAAGGCAGUAUGACUAUAUCAUCGUUGGUGCAGGUUCUGCAGGAUGCGUUCUGGCCAACCGUCUCACGGCUGAUGGCACGAACAAAGUGCUGCUUCUAGAAGCCGGUGGACAGGAGGGUGCAGCCGUACAGGUCCCGUUUUUCUCGCCUCUUUUACAACGAACCAAAAUUGACUGGGACUACACGAGCGAACCACAGCAGGAAGCCAGCUUAUCUGCCGAUGAUCAGAUUAAUAGAUUCCCACGUGGCAAAGUAUUUGGUGGCUCGAGUUCAAUCAACCAUAUCAUCUAUGCUCGAGGGAACCGCAGGGAUUUCGAUAAUUGGGCGUCUUUGUAUGGCGCCGAGGGCUGGUCUUACAAAGACGUGCUUCCAGACUUCAUUCAGAUUGAAACAUCGUACCUAGGGAUCGACAAUGGUUACCAUGGAGACAGUGGAGAAGUGCCUGUUACUUUUCCCAGUUCACACACAAAGGCCAGUGACCUGUUUUUGGAGGCUGGUCGGGAACUUGGUUACAGCAACAACGACUAUAAUGGGCCAAACCAGACAAGUUUUUCCCGCGUACAAAAUAACGUAAAGAAUGGAGAGCGCUGGAGCUCAAGUAAAGCCUUCAUCACCAAUGACGUUCGCAGAAGGCGCAACUUGGACGUCGCACUUCACGCGCACGUGACGAAGGUUAUCUUCGAGGGAAUGACAGCUGCAGGCGUGGAGUACAGGCGAUACUUCAAAACACAUACUGUUCGAGCAAGAAAAGAAGUUAUACUUUGCGCUGGAGCGAUUGCUUCCGCACAGCUACUAAUGCUAUCCGGUAUCGGACCUCGGAAACAUCUGCAGUCCUUGGGGAUCAACGUCGUUGCGGAUCUUCCCGUAGGCGAGAAUCUCUACGAUCACGUCACCGUGAACGGGAUCGCAGCAUCGUCAGCGGAAAACAUCGAAAUUAACUAUUAUUUACCAUCUACCGUGCCAAAGUAUGCCCUUUCUAAACAGAAUGAAGCUGACUCUCUGCCUUUGGCUCCAUUUCAGUGA